AACAGGGGAAGUUUAGUGGUUUCUUGCGUCAUCAUUUUAUGCUGCUUCUUGUAUGCUGAUGCAGAGUGAAGAUUUAACUCCAGCUCCAAUGCAAUGCCGCUUACAGAGGAAACAACUUGCACCUGCACUGAAGCAAAGGAAACAGAAGCAGCAGCACGGUCAAUUCUGUGAAAUGUGCAGAGCCUCUACAAAGUCAGCGUCACGUUAAACAAGUUGGGCAACACAUCCAGCACCCACACAGUCAGUCGGUCUGACGGUGGCACACAGAGCAGCUCCGGGCCGGUCUGAAUGUGAGGUGAAACAGCAGACAGGAAGAGAUGCGGAGAGUACGGAGAAAAGGGGGGAACAAAGAGAAGGUGUUUGGAUGUGAUCUGCUGGAGCACCUGACCGCCUCCUCUCAAGAGAUUCCUCAGGUACUGCAAUGCUGCAGUGAGUUUGUUGAGAAAAAUGGAAUUGUGGACGGCAUCUACAGGUUAUCUGGAGUGUCGUCCAACAUACAGAAACUGAGGGGUGAGUUCGAGGGUGAUGGGAAUCCAGAUCUAAACAAGGAUGUGUACCUGCAGGACAUCCACUGUGUCAGCUCUCUGUGUAAAGCUUAUUUCAGGGAGCUGCCAAACCCUCUGCUCACAUACCAGCUGUAUGACAAGUUUGCCGAGGCUGUGGCCAUUCAGCUGGAGGAGGAGAGGCUGGUUAAGAUCAGAGAUGUGCUGAAAGAACUACCUGCACCGCAUUACAGGACUCUAGAGUUUCUGAUGCGCCAUCUCGUCAGAAUGGCCUCAUAUUCUUCAGAGACCAAUAUGCACUCCAGGAACUUGGCCAUCGUCUGGGCCCCCAAUCUACUCAGGUCGAAGGACAUCGAGGCUUCUGGGUUUAAUGGCACGGCAGCCUUCAUGGAGGUCAGGGUUCAGUCCAUCGUGGUGGAGUUCAUCCUCACACACGUCCCUCAGCUGUUUCCCCAUUUAGGAGUGUCAAGUGAGAGAAGGAAGUCCCUCCCAUCCCCGUCAGCGAUGCCCAAUCAGGAUGAAGGGUUUUUCAGGUCCGGUCCUACUCAGCCUCUCCCCCACUUUGGUAAUAUCAGUCCAGGAGAUGGCCCUCUACCCAUAAGACCCUACCACUCUAUCAUUGAAGGCACUGACAAGAGAAAAGGAUCUCUGAAAGGCAGGAAGUGGAUGUCCAUCUUCAACAUCGGAGGACGAUUCCAUGACCCACGACGGAGGCACAAACACUCAGCCAAAGAGAAAGAAAGACCUGUUUUGAGACCAGCAAGAAGCAUGGACUCCCUCAGCACCCCGCCCUAUCCAAAUGAAGGAUCCAGACGUCCUGCCCAGCGCCCUCCUUCCACCAACAUGUCUCCUCUCGUCACCCACUCCCCCCAAUCUGGCCCAGAGGUCACAGCAUCCACUGGUGCAAUGGGUGGCAGUGAAUAUGCUGUAACCUACCGCAGGGGAACAGGGUUAGUGAGUGGGGGUGCGGGGACCCAGGGCACCUACACUUCCCUCGACCCUGAAGGUUUAGGCGUCAACGAGAGUCUACAGUCCAGAUCCCCAGGACUCUCCACUAAAGUAGGCCGAAGAGCAGCCAUGCACAUCACGGGGCCCACCAUGGUCACUGUACCCCUGCAUAUCACCUCUAACCUGGCAUUAGGGGUACUGCAAGGGGGCGGGGGCGACAGGGUCAUCCACCGCGGCAGGGAUAAGGAUGGAGGGGACAGGGUGGAAGGUAAGGAGGCAGAGAGGAGGGAAAGCAAAAGAAUGGAGGGGAAGGUGGGAGAAGGCAGAAAGGUUGAGGAAGAGGAGAAAAAUCACAGUCGGAAAGUGACAGAAGGGGAAGCAGUCGUGGGUGCAGAAGGUAAUACAGGUGCAGGAGGUGGUGGGCAGGAAGAGAAAGAGAAGGAGGAAGAGGAGGAGGUCAGAGAAGAAUGUAGACGGAGCCCAGAGCCGGUGAUGGGUGUGUCCAGGAAGCAACGAGCCAAAAGCUUGAACUCCCACACUGAGAAAGAUAAUACUGCUGAUGAUGACAAGGAUGUUGACGACUACAUGGACAUGAAAGGAGUGGAGCUGGCUGAUGGUCAGCCAGAAGUGGCUUUGCAUGCUCAUGAGUGCGUGUUUGAUGCUUCUGAUGCCCACAACUCGACUGAAGUGGAGGCGGACGACCAGGAGCUGUCUGGCUAUGUUCAAGACAACUUUGAAUUCCUGGACCAAAUGGACUGCAGCGUUCUGGAACACAUGGACUGCAGUGUUUCAUAUCAGGUGAACGAGUUCUCCGUUGAACCUCCUGGUCACUCAGAUGAUGAGUACGAGGUCAUGGCGCAAGCUUCCCAUCAUUCUGCAGAGCUGCAGACAGACCUGCAACCAGGCCCUGGGAUACAAACCCAGAGCCCGACAGAGUUAAAGCCACACAGACCGCUCAGCAUGGACUCACACAACCGGCACACUAAAUCCCUCAGCUUGCCUUACAUGACCUCACCUGUCCACGGAUCAGAGGACUCUUGCUCUGAAGAGGAGGCUGCAGCGGACGACAGUGAUGAUAUUGAUUACAGUAGUGAUGAAGACGACAUGUUUUAUAAAAGCCUCCCCUCUGAUUUCAUUUUGAAAGAUUUGCCUUGUGAGCCAGACUCUGAGAAACGGGACAGUUGUGCUCUUGAUGGUGUUCCUCAACCACAACUGCAGAGCUCCGAGGACAGAGAAUGCCCGUCACUGAACCCUGAAUUUUCUGCAUGUGAAGAAUCGACUGCUGGAGAUUGGGGGCAGGUAGAAGUGAAAGACAAUGAAGAUACAGAUGGACUGGAAGAAAAUGAGAUAACAAAGACAGAAGAGGAAGAUCAACAGGGAAGAGACCAGCUGGAAAACAAUAGGCAAAGCAAAGUCACAGAGGAAGAUGUCAUGGAGGAUACUCAAAGUGACAAAGAACAACCUUUCACUCCAGAGGCAUCAACACUUUGCUACGCUGACUUUCCACCGCCAUGCGAUGACGAAUUGAGCACAGUGGCUGACAUGAAGGCCGAGGAGGAGGAGGCGGACAUGUUGGACGAUCAUCACAGCAAUUAUCCAUCUUGUCAUGGAGUUCCUUGUGCUACACAGAAAGAAACUGAUGACGUUUCUUUAGAAGAGUUUCCUUUAAGGGCAACAGAACAACCCAGAACCUGUGAUAUAAAAGACAGGGACAGUUGUGAGGGAGAGGACAGGGAAGAGGUAGUGGACACAUGUCGAGAAAUGGUCCUGGAGAUAAAAGACAGUGGUAAAAACAUGUGGGAAGAAACCACUGGGCAAUGCAACGAAGCAAUAGCUGAUGGAGAACAGGAAGAAAAGACAGAGGAAGGUGACAAAGAGCAGGAUGAAGCAGUUUGUGGGCCAAGUGGGGUGAUUUGGGUUGAACUUGAGGAUAUUAUAUGUGAAGUGAUAGAGGAUGAGGAAAGUAAGCUGGAAGAGAGGAUGGGUGGAAGAGAACAUGUUGCUGAGGAGGAAAAUACAAUCAAAGAUGUUGGAGAAGAGGAAAAGCAGGUAGCAAUGGUUUCAGGACAGAUAAUGGAAGCUGACAAAGGAGAGACUAAAGUAAAGGUAGAGGAAGUGAAGGAGUCAAUGGAGACAACUAAAGAAAAGCUCACAGACCCAGAGACAUCACAAAAGGAAAAUGUGACAAACGUACCAAAUAUGAAUGACUUAGAAGAAGCAAUUCAGGGGAAGCAUGCCAGUGACGAAGCACAGCAUCAUGACAAAGAAGAAGAGAACGAAAAAGAGAACAAUGACAAAGACAGAGCUGAUAAGCAAUGUCCAACACCGCCAAGGAUAGACAAACAACUGAAAGAGGUCAGGUGUGAUAUGAAGGAAAUGAAAGAGGGCAGGAAGUGUGAGGAAAGUGACGGCAGCUUAGGCGGAGUAGGAAGGAAGCUGAUUAUCUCCAAAAACCCGAGGGUUUACCAAGUAAAAGCUGUUCCAGUUGUUCCUCCGAAGCCACAGCACUGCAAAAUAACUGCCCUGACCCUCCGACAGCAGCAGCAACAAAGAGAGAAAAGAGACGUAGACAGAGGGAAAGAAAUCACGCCAAGACUCUCGAUGGAGCAGGACAGAGUAUCUGCAGGAGACAGCGAAGACGAGGGCAGGAGGAUAAAGGAGAAGCAGACACCCAGAGGAGGAGAGAAAGGAGAGAGGGACAGGAGGAGGGAUGGAGAGGAAAGUGCCUCACGGGACUCAAGUAGAAACAGUCCCCUCAGCAUGUGUUUUGACGAGGCUGUCGCGAUAGCAACCAUGAGGCGAGAAAAGGAGAAAGAGUGCGAGAAGGAGAAGGAAAGGCAGAGGGAUUGGGGAAAUGAAGCACAGUAAAAAAAAAAAAAAAAUUGUAUAUUGAUUUAAAAAAUAUGACUGUACAAACUAGGCUAUUUUUCUACAUAUAGCAUAAAUGGCUUUUUUGAGGGGUAAAAAUUGCAGUAUUGUUUAUGCAAUGAUACUUUCAUAUAGAUUUUUAAGUGGUUUUUCUACCAUGCACAUGUGCAGCCAGGAAAGUAGCAGUAAUAAAUGUAUUUUUUCAGAGGAUUAUUUUUCCCCUUUAUACCACAGCUAGAGAGCUGACAGGAAAUCUUAUGAGGAUAAGAGAUGGGGACAUGCAACAAAGGUCCCUGCUUGGCCGGACUCGAAUCACGGACAAUGCAUUGACAUGGUCAGUGUGUUUAACCCCGAAGUCGCCAGUACACCCCAUCAAGAAGUUUAUAAAUGAACAGGUGCAAUUGUGCUACCUGAUAUUAAGUUGAAUGAAACUGAAAACAAACACCGAGGUGGGAUUAUAUGCUGCUGAAACAUGCGGAGGAUGAAAUAUAACAUGCACAACCCUAAACUCUCAUAGCUUCCAAACUAUAGGUCCAUUAUAUUUAAGAUCCCACUCAGUUUUGAUCAAAAGUGAAAAGAUUAGCCUUUACGCUCAAUCUGGUUUGCUUUAGUCAUCCAGUUAUGCAAUACUUUGUAAUUAUAUAAAGUAUUUUUAUGUAUGCAGUAUAUGUAUAAAUAAAGGGUUGGCAAGUAUAUGGUUAAAUGGUAGAUUUAAAGGAGCAGUAUAAUAAAUUGAAUGUAUCAUUUUUGAGAAUUAAUAAUGUCUGCAAAUGUUUGUUUGGCA